CAGACCUGUUUCUGAAUAUCAAUAUUCAGAGCAGAUUAAACCUGAGCUCUAUCUGCUCCUGACACACUUGAGACAGACCGCCUGCCUCAGACACCCAGAACUCCAGAACACGACAGAGUUUGUUAAAGGAAGCUUUGAAGAAGCUGAUGAAACUGAAUUGAGAUGAUUUCUUGGCUGGUUCUCCGUGGCAGCAGAGCCGGCGGGUCGGUGUGUCCCAGCACAGCAGCUCCGGGCAGCGGCGGGAGCUCCUGUUUAUCCAGAGAGAGAGCCGCUCUGCAGCAGCUGAACAGGAGGCUGGCUUCAUACCUGCAGCAGGUCAAGCAUCUCGAGGCAGUCAAUCAGAGGCUGGAGCAUCAGAUCGAGGAGGAGCUGGACAGAAAGUGUCCCCGAGAGUUGAGGUGGCUGGACGGACACCUGAGGACCGCCUCCCUGCUGCAGGGCCAGAUCAGUGAAUGUCUCUCGGCCCAGGCUCAGGCAAAGCUUCAGUUACUCGAAGCAGAACUCACCGUCUUCAACCUCAAAGAAAGGUGCCAAAAGGUGCGUGAGCAGUGUACUCAGCUGGAGGCGGAGCUUAGUGACCUCGGGCUGCUGGGGGAGGUCCUGAAAGUUCACAGUCUGCCUGAGCUUCAGAAUCUGCUGAAUGAGCAAAAGCAAGAGAAAGCGGAUCUGCAGACUCAACACCAGCAGGUGGACCACCUGAGACAGACGAGUGUUGGACACCUGGACAAGAACAAGAGCAAACCCAGGUGCAAGACUCAGCUGUCCAUGCAGAGCAUUUCACAGGUGACCUUUGACCCUUCAUUGGGGUCAGACGCUGACAGAGCCGAGCUAGAAGCAAUGAGGAGAGAAGUGUGCUGUCUGACAGCAGAACUGACGCGACUUCAGGCUGCGGUCUUGGUGUUGGAGUCCUCUGGUCGGGAGCAGAAGGAGUCAUUACUCCAGCAGCUGGUGGUCCUACAGGAGUCAGCAGAUGGUUUGUGCAGAGACCUGGACUCGGUGCUCCAGGCUGCAGCACAGCAGGCUGCAGACCAGCAGUCACUGCUGGACGUCAAGAACCAACUGGGGGCCGAGAUACAGGACUACAAGCAGCUGCUGGACAGCGCGGACCGUCAGGGAGUUUCACAUGUCGACUUUAACUCCAAGCCAGAUGUCAGAUCUUCCUGUCUUGAGACCAGAAAACCCACAUUCAGGAGCAACAAGACUGUGGACAGAACCGUCAGUGUUCAUGGCGGCCGCGUUCACACUCUUGAAGAAACACCAAUAGUUUCACCGAAAACAGCGACUGCAGCCCAGUCAGAUUUUGUCCACAACAAACAUCCAAAUAACUCACCUAGAACACUGACCAAGCCUCUGAUGGAGACCAUCCAAAACUCUGAAAACCAGAGAACAGUAGUGCUUUAUAAAAAAGUGUGCAAGUCCAUCAUAUCUACAGAGACAGGCAGCAGACAGAGGAGCCCUGUGGAAGUUCUUACUAAAGAUCGUGAUGUUGGGGCUCAAACUAGCCGAGACGUGCGAGCUUUGGUCAAGACCUUUACUUCCAAACAAGCUGGUUCACUCUCUACUGACACAGGGACAGACAUGGAAACUAACAAAAACACUCCUUCUGCAGGACCAGACGUAAUUCAAAAAACACAUUUUGUAAUGUAUGAGACCUCGUUUCAUCUCUGCAAACCAGUUGCUGUUGAGGUAAAAGUGAGAGAAGCUUUCAUCUUUACUCAGAUGGAUCCAAUUGAAGCCUCCUUCCAAGCAAAGGAAAAAGAUCCAACAAAGAUCAUCAUCAGGGAGGCUGAGACUCCACCAGAAGCUGUCAGGGACAUGGAUGAAAAUGUCAGUACAGUGCACAAGCCAGGAUCUCCUCCAGUGUUUAGAUCAAGUAAGGUUCAGGUAGCCCUUAUGAAAGAAACCGAUAAAGGAACAAAUGGAAGGUCUGAAACAGUAGACACAGAAGAUGUUCUAAUCCUUGAUCAGAGUUUGGGAUUGUCCAAAACUGAACUGAAGAAACUCAUAGAAGACAAACCUGCAGUGCAUGACAAUGAACAUUUUUUGUCUAGUAUCUCAGAAAUUAAUAACAAGCUUCACAGUAAAACUACAAGUGCUGAGAACGUAAAGGAAGAAGUAGACAAAGUAGAAGAACUCCACGACUGCAAGGAAGUGAAGAUGAACCAUCUUAAAUCAGAAAAUGAGCUGAUAAAUCUGCAAAGUCAGGAGAUAUAUUUCAGUGCUACAAACUCAGAAAUGUCUAUAAGCCUAACUGAUUCUGGUGUGGCUUUAAGUUCCUCCAGCCCUGAAGAGCAUCAGAGUCCAAGAGAAGAGGAAUCAAUGAGUCCAACAAAGCCAGAUGCAUGCUUGAAUCCAGAAAAGUGUUCAGUGAAGAGUUCCACUGAGCCAGAACCGGAUCUCACACCAAACGAUCCACACAUAUGUUUAAACCCAACUGAGGAUAUGACUGAGGUGGAUGAUGGGCUUGUAGACAGAAAGGAAGAAGCAGAAGAUACUUUGAUUGUCCUGAGUUUAGAUAAAAGUUUAACAAAUAUGUCCAACAACAAACUUGUGAAGGAUGCAGAUUCAUGGACCAGUGUCGGCAUUUCUUCUCCAGAAAGCAAGGAAAACCAAAAGUGUUAUAUCCAACAUACAGAUAGUUUAAAGGCAGAAGUGGAUGAAAUGAAAACAGUCAACAAUGCCAGCGAGGUAAAGCUGGAUCCAGUCGAGUCUAAGAAGGAGACAGGUGAUCUUUCAGGUGAAGAGGCGUCAAAUAUAUCUACAAGUUUAACAGAUUCUGGUGUCGGUUUGAGCUGUUCCUCUUACGAAGAGCUACAAAGUCCAAAAGAAGUCCAUUUGUCAGUUGGUGAAACAAAUUCACCUAGCUGCUUGAGCCCAAAAAUAUGUGUGAGUCCAGAUGAGACCGAGGUCAUGCUAAACCUUACAGAUCAGGUGUUUUGCCCAGUAGAUGUGGAAGACCACAUUGCAAGUCCUGAUCUACUUCCGAGUCCAAAUGACCCAGAAAAUUACCUCAGCCCAAAUGACUCAGACGUAUGUCUCAGUCCAGAUAGUGAUGUAAAAGAAGAGGCAGGAAGGCUGAAUCUAACUGAGGCAAAUGCACGUGUUCACCCAGGAGAGAAAUUCAUUCUGUCAACAAAAGAGGACGGACAGUCGGUAUCGUUUAGUGGAGAUGGGUCAUUGCCAGAAGACAGAGAUACGAAAGUCAUAACGUCAGAGGGAAACCGGGGUGUGCUUUUUAGGCCAUUUAAAGGUUAUGAAGGAAGGGGAAUUAAGCUGAAUGGCACAAAGAUAAGUUCUAGACCAACCAGUCAGAGAAGCAGCCUUCAGGUGAGCAGCAGUCAUGGAGGCUCGGUGUUUGGAGAUGGACGAAGUAUCAUAGCAGACAGAGAGGAACAGCUUGGUUUUGGAGGCCUUUAUCGCAGAAGAGAUGCAAGAAGGUCCAGAGGCAAAGAUGUAAGUGGUCCUGCAGAUGAAGAUAAGAUAGGAGGUGUGACUAUGAAUAGAGGUAUGAGGGGGCAGAGAAACAGUGACUGGCAAGCGAAGAACCAAACAGGUAAUGCCGAAGAAGCAAGCUUUGGAAAUACCCUUUCCAACAGAGGAAUGGCCUUUAGCAAGCCAGGAGGUUUUAGCAACAGUGGAGAUGCACAAGUGGGUACAGCAGCGGUAAAGGGAAGAUUCAGUGGAGACUUGAUGGCUUAUGGUGGCUGCUUGGGACAUAUGAGUGUCAGCUUACCUAACUCAGGGAGCAAGGAACAUCUUCCAGAAGACGGGAGAUUUGGAAGUAGGGGGUGGAUGGUUUAUGGUGACAGUCUUAUACGCCAGAACAGCUUAGACGCUGGGACUAGCUUACCCAAUGAAAGGGGUGGAGAAAACUCAUCCAUGAAUGGAAAUCUUGCGACAAGUCCACCAGAAGCAGGGAGAUUUGGGAGGAGAGGGAGUGCAGAGUGGAUAUUUUACGAAGGCAGUCUUGGACGUAAGAACAGCUGGGCUGGCAGCGAUAGCUCGCUGAGUGCUGAGAGCAAAGAACGCCUUUCACCUGCCACAAACUCAGCCACAACCCCACCAGGAGCUGGGAUAUUUAGCUGUGGGGAGUUGAAGGUUUACGGUUGGCAUGCUGGAUGCAUGAGCAGCGAUAGCAAAGACUGUCGCUCAGCAGCCACGCACAUAGCAACAAGCCCACCAGGAACACCAGGAGCAGGGAGGUUCAGCAGUGGGGCGUGGACAGUGUAUUGUGGGAGUCCUGGUCGUGUGAGCAGAGCUGAUAGUGCUGACAGGGUCAGCAGCAGCCAGAUGGUCAGUCCUCCCAGCAGCUACGUCAGCAGUGGGCGUAGACUCAACAGUGCUGGAAGUGGUGGCAGGCUGAGCUCGGCCAGUGUCGUGAGGCGCAGCAGCAGCGUGGGGAGAUUCACCGGCACGGGCAGCGGCGGAUGGAAACCUGUUUACAGCUCAGCGAGUGGGCACAGCGUGGGGAGGAUCGGGGGCAGUGGGGGGUGGCUAAGCAGUUCAAAGGCUGCUGGGAACCGGAUAACCGGCGCAGGAAGCGGAUCCAAAGUCGCUGGUAGCAGUGAUAGACUCAGCAGUCAUGCUGGAGGGAGGAUCAGCAGUUCAGGGAGGACCAAUAACACCGGGGGCAGGGUCAUCAGCAGCAGCGAUCGGCCAAUCAGGAGCACGGGAAGCCAAGCCGGAAGCAGCAAGGAGAAGAUCAGCGUCUGCAAGAUGGCCGCACUAACGAUCUCAGCUGCAGGGAGGGAGAGAAGUCAGGAGAGACAACGACAAGCUCAGAGAGCCCGACAACCACGACAACAACAACAACAACAACAGCAACCAUGACAACAACAAC